AUGAGCCAAUGGACAACAAAACCAGACUCCGAAAAGCAUGUGAUGCUUGUAGUAUACGCAAGGUCAAGGAAAUGUGAUACAAGUGGACCACCCUGUCGGUCAUGUGCAAGCCUGGACAUCCCCUGUACCUAUGAAAGACCAAGCAGACGUCGUGGCCCUCCGAAUCGCCAUGCAGAGGCGCUGAAGAGACUGAGACUAGGAACUUCACCUAGCGCUCCUACUGCAAACUCUCCCAGUCCGUCAGAUUUCUCUCCCCCAACGCUUCCACCAAUAUCCACGGUUAAUCAGAAUCUCACAUCCACUUCAAUUCCAUCUUCGGUAGAGUCCAUCUGCCCUUUUCCCACAGCGCGGCUGUUGGUGGAUGAUUUCUUCACGUAUAUUCACCCACUGGUCCCCAUCCCUCAUGAGCCCUCGUUCCGCGCCGCCUUUGAGCGACGGGAGGACACCACCAAUCCGACAUUCCUGGCCCUCCUGGCCGCAAUGAUCGGAAGCCUGGUGGCAUCCUUCCCGAGGAGACCAAAGCUUCAUCUCAAGACCGAGGCAGAGAAAGCGGCCUUUCCCCACUCUCUUGCCUUGGUCAAGCGCUGCCAUGAUGUUGCUGUGCAAGCUCGAGGUGUUGGGUACCUCGAUCGGAGCGCCACAGUCCAUGAUGCUGCCAUCAGCUACUUUCUGGGUCUCUGCUCGGCUUAUGUCUACAACUUCCGGCGAUGUCGGAUGUACCUUGCCGAGUGCCGUACGAUGUUGCAUGUGUACGAUCUUUGCCGCCAAUCGACCAUGCAGUCGUCCUAUGGGCCAACAAGCCCGAUUUCUUCUUCGUCGGCCACAUCACAGGAUCGACUCAGUGGACCCGCUGAGCGCCCAGUGGACAUGAUCGAGCAGGAGCUCGCGCGGCGACUGUUCUAUGUGACGCUAGUCGGCUACCGAUCAAUACAGCAGAUAGGCUCCGCUGACACCCCAAUCUAUCUUGCUCCAGAGACGCCGACGGAGCGCUACCCACCAUUACCCCUUGAAGUGGAUGACGAGUUUAUUUUCAGAACACAUAUCGAACCUCAGCCAGCCAACCGGGUUUCGCAGCUGGUGGGUUUCAACGCCAACGUCCGGGUCUAUAACUCGUACAACGCCCUAUCCGCUUGGGAGGUUGCGUUCGGCAGUGGGCGAAUUUUUGAUUGGGAGCGGCAACGGUCUCUGCUGUUCGAAUGUUUGCAGAAUUCCAAAGGGGCUUUGGCCAAUGUGCCACCGGAGCUAUCACUUCACCCUCACCGGGACGAUUCCGCGGAUGCGGCUGAGGACCCCUGGAUGCGCGAGCGUCGCCAUAUCCAAUACGAGAUCCAGAAGGCGAAUAUCUACGUGAGCCAACUGGCCACCAGAUCCUACUUGGCGGAGAAGUACUGGAGUCUCUACGCCACCUGGAAGAUGUAUCACCGAACCUCCGAGGGGGGAGGACCCGGAACUCCAGUGAAAGUGGAGGGCAAUGCGCACAACGGGAUCGACGAUGCUGCUCAGAGCGACUACAUUGGAAAGACUAUGGCAGAAGAACGGCGUCUCGUCGUUCGAGAUUUGUUUGUCUUGCUACAGUCGGUCAACGAGCUUAAUAUGGAGCCCAACGGUGCCAGCUUUACCGGUAAAGUCCGCCAAGUCGCGUCAACCCUGCUCAACCUUCCCACCUCGCGGACCGAAACGACCACCUUUACACCCGCCACCCCGGGUCCCAACCCCAUCACCCUCGCCGAGGCAGAAUCCUACCUACACGCCUUCAUCGACACCCUCAUCCGACUGGAGGGACUCGCGGCGCCCACUCUGGGCACGGCCGGGACAAGCCCCCACGCCAACGGACGUAGAAUGAGUUAUCUGAGCGACCGCGAGCAGGAUGAGGAGGAGCUGCGCCAGUGGGCGAGUCUGAAGGACUACCAGGCGAAAUUCAGCGUGUUUACUGAGCUUUGA